GCGCUAAGCACGCCAAGCUGCACGCCUGCCUUUCUCCUCUCCGGGUGGAUCAGAGAGGAGUCAGCAAUGGCUCUGGCGCUGAGGUGGCUCCGUCCUCUCCCGUCCCUGCUGCACCGUUCCUCCUUUGCCAUGGCCAGGGGGCUGCCCCAGGCUGCCAGAGGCUGCCCAGCCCCGCUCCUGGAGGGCUGCAGGCAAUGUGUCCAGCACAUGCUGCUGAGCAGACAGCUGGCUACCAAAAAAGCUAAAGGUAAAGGGCAGAGUCAAGCCAAAGUGAAUAUCAGUGCUGCCCUAGUCGAGGAUAUUAUCAAUUUGGAGGAAACCAGUGAAGAUAUGCAGGCAGUCAUAGAAGCUCUGAAAGAAGAUUUCAACAGAAAUCUCAAUGUUAGAACCUCACCAGGGGCCCUGGAUCACAUAACUGUGAUGACAAAGGAUGGGAAGUUUCCUCUGAACCAGCUGGGACAGAUCUCACAGAAGUCACCACAGCUCAUGAUAGUGAACAUGACCAAUUUUCCAGAGAGCACAGCUGCAGCUGCCAAGGCUAUAAGGGAGAGUGGCAUGAACCUGAACCCAGAGGUGGACGGGACAGUGAUUCGGGUGCCAGUUCCCAAGGUCACGAGAGAGCACAGGGAGAGCCUGGCCAAGCUGGCCAAGCAAUCCACCAACAAAUCCAAAGAGGCCCUGAGAAAGGUGAGAAGCAAAAGCAUCACCCAAGUAAAGAAGUUCAAGAACAAAGUGUCAGAAGAUACCAUCUGGCUGCUAGAAAAGCAGAUCCAGCAAAUGGCAGAUGAGGCUGCCACGGAGAUGGACAAGCUGCUGGCAGCAAAGACCAAGGAGCUGCUUGGAUAAACACCAUCCCCAUGGCCACACUCCCCCUGGAGCAGGAAUGGACUGGCACACACUCCAGCAAUCUCAGGGAUGGGCAGGGGCAGCUCUGUGCCUUGGCUGCUCCAUUACCUACCUUGGGCUGUGCUGAAGGGAAGGGGGAGCUCUCCUUGCUGUCAUUUACCAAGGUGGGUACAGAAUUGGAUGAACUGAGAUAAAAAAUAAAAUAUCAGAAGAGCUGGACACUGCUAGAGGCUCAGAGGAA